GCCGUCGAGUUCAGUCGUCGUUGGCCGUGCGAGUAGUGCACGCACUUCCAUCCACUCCUCUCUAUCGUGACUCUUUAGAAGCUUCAAGCGAUCAGUCACUCAUUACUCUCGUCGAGAUUUUUCACGAUCGAGGAGUGCAAUUGCGAAGAGAAAACGUGCAGAUGAGAAGGUGACUCGAUGGAAGCAAAAAAGAUCAACAUCGGUGUUUGUGAGGCUUGCUUUCGUUCGAAAUCGCGCUCGACCUUCCUUUGAUUAGAGUCUAUACGACGCGCACAAGUAUACAGCAGUAUUGCUAGUGUAUGAAUGUGAGUGUGUAUCAGCUACGCGAGUAGCACGAGCUCUGCUCUCGCUGUGAAAUCAUGUGGAACCGAAAAGUGUUCAUCAGGAUUAUCGAGGUGCUACUCUGCAUCGCGUGCGUGAUUGCUCUGAGGGUGACGGAUGACGAGAGCCGACGAGUGUUCCACUACCUGCGCAAUAGGAGCCGCGAGUGGUCACUCCUAAACAAUGUCACGUGGGGAGCCGUUGGUUCCGCCUUCUCGUCAGCCACCUGCGCCGGCUACUUGAUCGUCACCAUCGGUCUGCUCAUCGCUGCCGCCUCUGGUGAACUUCGCGGAAGGAAGACGGAGGUGUUUUUCCUGGGCCUGGGAGUGAUCCUUUUCGGCAUCGUUGGCGGCCUGGCAUUGUCCUCCAUCGACAGUGUGCCCAUUGAUCUGAUCGACAACGCCGUGAUUUUGGGUGUGCUGUGCCUCGUGACAGCUCUCGUUUUCAUCGCGGACAUGCUGAUGAAACCGCGCUACAAGAAGAAGAAGCACGACGCCACGCAGACGACGUCAGCCAAGGAACAAGCAGGCAAGCAGUAUGUGACAACGACGACCAUGACGAUAAACAGCGAGAAAGAAAAGCAGUCGUCGGCGUCGGGAACCAAGCACGUGACGAGUUGGCGAUCGCCAACCCCAGAGAUGACGGAGAAGCACAACAGUAUGAAUGGCUCGGCCACCGACCUCGACGACGAGCGCGAGCAUCGACUCGAGAGAGCCGAGCGACAGAUGCGCGAAUACUCGCAGAAUAUCGAGAACGGACGUGGUGAUCGUAAUGGUCGUGCUAAACAAUCGAGAGAUCAGCACGACAUGUCGAGGAAAUCGAAUAGCUACUAUAGGGAAGAUGUAUAUCAAAGGCCAGUAGACGAGGUGGACGACGCACCGCCUUUCCCAACGAACAGUGACGAGCGACCAGUUUUCGCCAAGAUGGUGAAUCCUGGAGUGAAGAUAAUGCGCGUUGAACGCGACGAAGAUCGUGGCUACGACAACUACAGGUUAUCCGAUUCGAGUCAAUAUGACAACGUGCCGACGCGAAUGCGCGGCUCUUCCCCAGGAAUCUUAAAGAGGCAGCGCGACGUAUCCUUCGAAGAUCGGCGUCGUUCGCGAGGCUCUCGGCCGAGCGCCGCCACGACAGGGACAGCGGCGGCCAGCCAGCGAGACGAGAUCGCGAUGCUGGAGGAAUGUUUCGACGCGCUGAGAACGUCGACGACGACUACGACCGCCACCCAAACUACAACCAACGCCGCCAAGUCGUCUAGGCAGUCGCACACUCCUGCCUCGCCCAAUGAUCCUGGAUUCGUUAGGCACGCUGCUAGCAAUUGGCCUCAUCUACAAUCCAAUCCCGUGCGUGAUCGCUGACGAUUCUGCCAUACUCUGCUUAAACAUGGACAUCAACACAUUUUGUCAUUGGCUUUGUUAUUGCGUCGGUAUGCCAAAUUUUCCCUGGAAAGUAUUUUCUACGAGCGUGUGUACAUCACAAAUCCUUGAAAAAACGUUAUUCGUUGAGUCGAAUGAAACACUCCACCUUUUUAUCAUAGCUCCUGUACUCCUUUUUUAUGUAAUGUCUCAAUGUCAAUUUUGUUACAUAUAUAUGUUUAUAGAAUGAAAAAGUCGUUUGGCUCUUGACCUCGUUGAUUAUUCUAUACGAAGGAAAAACUUCAUUUGUAUAUCUGAAAUGUAAUACAUUGCCAUUGACAUUUUUAUUGAGAAACGGUUACUCGUUAAAGACUUAAUUGCAUUGUUUAAAUAUGUAUUAUUUAAUUAUACUUUUUAUAUUUAUAAAAUUUUUUCCAUGGAAAUUUUAUUUUAUCGUUAAUUUUAUCGUUUUGUGUACGUAGUUGAAAAUGUACUGAACUAAAGUUAUAUAAAUAUCACGAGAAAAAAACAGAGACUGUUAAUUUUUUAUUAAUUUUAUUAAUACAAUUCACGAAGAGUCGCAGUAGUAAACUAGCUGUGGCAUAAAUGCUGAAGGUGCGGCUUACGACGCGACAUUAUAUAUAAAUAUAUACGACAAUCUGGCCCAUGAAAAGU